ACGACUCUACCCUUCCGCGUGGGUCCUCCCAUCCCAAUCGGAAUCCAAAUCCGUUCCGGUGCGGAUUCUGAACCUUCCGACGCCAUUUUUUUUUUUUGCUGUUGCUGAAUGGAGAAGAGAAUCCCGAAUGAAGGAUUUGUCUACAGAGUGAGCGUCCCCGACGAAUGGGAGGAGCUGCAGAGAACGGGCGCUACGCUGGGCGGAGAUAUCGAUCGAACAACUGGAUGCAUUCACUUCAGUGAUCUCGAUCAGGUGAAGAUGGUCUUGAACAACUUCUUUCGUGGCCAGGAGAACCUAUAUCUGCUCCAAAUCGAUGCCACUAAGCUUGGAGAGGGUUUAGUUUAUGAAGCUGUCAAGGAUACCUACUUUCCUCAUUUCUAUGGCCCUGACCGGAGCUUUCAGCCUUUGCCUUUAGAUGCCGUCUCCAAGGUAGAGAAGUUGCUAACACUGAAUGGUGAAUUCAGUUGCAGUCUACUGGAUUAAGCUCCAAGUUGUCCAUCUGGUAAACACUUUUGGGAGUCACGCCAAAACAAUUUAUUUAUACAAAAUGUCAUGGAAAGGAUUGAUUUCAGUUUUAUUAUUGUUUCCUUAAUCACACAUUAUAUUGUUUCUGAUCGCUACUUAAUUCCACAGUUACAAUAGACAGAAGCAAUAUUUGAUGCACAA